AGCUUCGGUGCACCCCGGCCCCGGCCGGAGAGCGCUGGUGUUCGCUGGGCCCUGCACACGGAGACUGCGCACGCCGGUUUGGCGCCGCUCAGAUCGGGGUUAGGGUCUGGAGUGGCCUAGGCACUGAGAGAAGCCACGUGCUCGGCUGGUGGUCUUGAGACUGGACAAGCACACGAAAGUUCGCAGGUUUCGCAGCGAGUGUGAUGCCCGCUCUCGCACUCGUGGCCGGCGGUUUGGGAGCGCGGGCACCACGUGGGCUGUGCUCCCUGGCGGGCCUAAGAGCCCCGGGCUUUACCGCAGGGAAACCUGAAGUUCGGGCAGAGACAGCUGCCUUUUUCUCGCCCCACACUGACUUUAUAAAUGACACUUUACCCUCCCAGACGUUUUUUCCUCACUGAAUAUUUCUAGAAUGGCUCCCCGACUGCUGUCGGGUCAUCUAUCAGGUUAAUGAGAUCAGGUUUGCAUUUCCUCUGUGCCUUGUCUUGAAGACAGCGAUGCUAAAGAAAGCAAGGCCUGCAGGGGAUCGGAAGGAGGAAGGGCCUGUUCCUAAGCAGAUGAAGGUGGAGGCAGCCUGUGGACCUUCUUCCCCUUUGAACUUCGACAGCCCCAGUGGCCUCUUUGAAAGUUUCAUCUCGCCCAUCAAGACAGAGACGUUUUUCAAGGAAUUCUGGGAGCAGAAACCCCUCCUCAUCCAGAGAGACGACCCUGCAUUGGCCACGUACUACCAUUCCCUGUUUAGGCUCUCUGACCUGAAGAAUCUGUGCAGCUGGGGUAUAUACUACGGGAAAGACGUGAACGUCUGCCGCUGUGUCCACGGGAAGAAGAAGGUUUUAAAUAAAGAUGGCAGAGUGCACUUUCUUCAGCUGAGACAAGAUUUUGAUCAGAAAAGGGCCACAAUUCAGUUUCACCAACCUCAGAGAUUUAAGGAUGAGCUCUGGAGGAUCCAGGAAAAGCUAGAGUGCUACUUCGGCUCCUUGGUUGGCUCCAAUGUGUACAUCACCCCGGCGGGAGCCCAGGGCCUGCCGCCCCACUAUGAUGAUGUCGAGGUGUUCAUCCUGCAGCUGGAGGGAGAGAAGCACUGGCGCCUGUACCAGCCGACGGUGCCUCUGGCGCGGGAGUACAGCGUGGAGGCCGAGGACAGGAUCGGGAGGCCCACACACGAGUUCACACUCAAGCCGGGAGACUUGCUGUACUUUCCCAGAGGGACCAUCCAUCAGGCGGACACUCCUGAGGGCCUGGCCCACUCCACGCACGUGACCAUCAGCACCUACCAGAACAGUUCAUGGGGAGAUUUCCUUUUGGACACCAUUUCAGGGCUUGUGUUUGACACCGCCAAGGCAGACGUGGCACUCCGGGCUGGCAUCCCCCGGCAGCUGCUCCUGCAGGCGGAAAGCACAGCUGUUGCAACAAGAUUAAGUGGCUUUCUGAGGAUGCUUGCAGACCGGCUGGAGGGCACCAAAGAACUGCCUUCUGCAGACAUGAAGAAGGAUUUCGCUAUGAACAGACUCCCACCUUACUAUAUGGGAGAUAGAGCAAAGCUUGUGGCACCAGGUGGACAACUUCCGGGGUUGGACAGCACAGUGAGACUGCAGUUUAGAGACCACGUGGUUCUCACCACAGGACCCUAUCAGGACCCAUCCGAUGAAACUCGAGGGGAGAUGGUUUACGUCUAUCAUUCUUUAAAGAAUAGGAGAGACACACACAUGAUGGGAAAUGAGGAAACAGAGUCUUAUGGACUUCGCUUUCCUCUAUCACAUAUGGAUGCACUAAAGCAAAUUUGGAACAGUUCAGCUAUUUCUGUCAAGGACCUGAAGCUGACUACAGAUGAGGAAAAGCAAAACCUGGUAUUAUCCCUCUGGACAGAAUGUUUAAUCCAAGUAGUCUAGUGCCUUUGCUGCUUUAAUAGUAAUAUAUAUAUGUAAAAUACUGGACACUUGAUUCUGCAGAGAUUUGUGUGCUGGGGACUCCUGUUGCUUUGAGCCAAGGACACGAUGAAUGUAACUUUCCUUACCUGUGUAUUUAAUAAAAUGAGAUCUACCUCUUA